AUGGCUUCACAUGGCAUUGGGCUGGGUAUCGGGAAACCGGAAUAUAUAGUCGGUGGAAAGUAUCGUCUAGUUCGUAAAAUCGGUAGUGGAUCUUUUGGUGACAUAUAUUUGGGAAUAAAUAUCACAAACGGAGAGGAAGUAGCAGUCAAACUUGAAUCAAUUAGAGCAAGACAUCCUCAGCUUUUGUACGAAAGUAAAUUAUAUAAACUUCUUCACGGAGGCAUAGGAAUACCACAUAUCAGAUAUUAUGGACAAGAAAAGGAGCAUAAUGUCCUCGUUAUGGAUCUGCUCGGGCCGUCUCUGGAAGAUCUCUUCAACUUCUGUUCCCGUCGUUUUACGAUUAAAACUGUCCUGAUGUUGGCCGAUCAAAUGAUUGGUCGCAUCGAAUUUGUCCAUUGCAAAUCGUUCAUCCAUCGCGACAUAAAGCCCGACAACUUCCUCAUGGGCAUCGGCCGUCACUGCAACAAAUUAUUCUUAAUCGAUUUCGGGCUGGCGAAAAAAUUUCGAGACGCCAGAACUAGAGCGCAUAUUAUUUAUCGAGAGGACAAAAAUUUAACCGGUACUGCCCGAUACGCAUCCAUUAAUGCACACCUCGGCAUUGAGCAGUCGCGCAGAGAUGACAUGGAAUCUUUAGGAUAUGUUUUAAUGUAUUUCAAUAGAGGCUGUUUACCCUGGCAAGGUUUAAAAGCUGCUACUAAGAAACAAAAAUAUGAGAAAAUCAGUGAGAAGAAAAUGUCAACUCCUGUAGAAGUACUCUGCAAAGGAUUUCCCGCUGAAUUUUCCAUGUACCUGAACUACUGUCGCGGUUUACGUUUCGAAGAGGCCCCCGAUUACAUGUAUUUGCGGCAGCUGUUUCGUAUCCUCUUCCGUACACUCAAUCACCAAUACGACUACACUUUUGACUGGACUAUGUUGAAACAGAAGACUGCCGCGACAGCUAGCACUGUAGGUGGAGCAUCUACUCAGCCCCAAUCUACUCAAGCCAUAGCUCAGCAACCCGCGAACCGAGACAAAAAAGACGAUGAAAAGAACAAGCAUAAUUCUGCUAAAGAUAAAUCGAUGGGAACAACAUUCGAAGCUAUUUUCCGAGAAGUUAAUAAGCCGCAGCUGACUAACGAAACGCUCAGUAAAAGAAAAUAG